UGCGCCGAAGGUGAGCAAAGCAUACUUCUUGACUCGGAUGUGCAUACUCCCGAUGGCUUGGCUGUCGACUGGAUCCAUAACCUUCUUUUUUGGACCGAUGGCGGUCUAGAUCAGGUGAAUGUCAUGGAUUUAAAAACGCGUCGCAAACGCACAUUAUUCUCUGAUGGUCUAGAAGAACCUCGAGCAAUUGCCGUGGACCCCGAAAUGGGUUUGAUCUUCUGGACAGAUUGGGGCAAAGAGGCACGUAUUGAGCGUGCUGGUAUGGAUGGGCAACACAGAACGGUCAUAGUGAAAGGCGAACGCGUAAAAUGGCCUAAUGGCCUUGCUCUGGACUUAAUCGACAAACGUGUAUUUUGGGCGGAUGCUAAAGUGAAAUCAAUAUUUUCCUGCGACUACUGGGGACACGACGUGAAGGUUGGUUUUGAUCUGUUUUAUUUUUCAUAAUU